AUGAAUAUCAACAUGUCUGGUCUAGAGCUCCCGGGCUCCGUUCAGCACCUGUCUCUCGAGGUGCCUGAAUAUGUCAGCAAGACCAAUAUUUAUCUUUUCGCUAUUGUGGCCCUGACCAGCAUCUACCUGUUGCAAAACUUCUUAUCCACUUGGGGAGAAUUUAAGGCUCCCUUUGUGGGUUUCCGCUCUGCAUGGGAGCCUAGGUGGAUGGUCGGCCUCCGCUUCUCAACGGGAGCCCUGAGCCAGGUGAACGAGGGUUAUGAAAAGUUCAAACAUGGAAUGUUCAAAAUCGCAAGAAAUGAUGCUGAUAUCCUGGUCAUCCCCAACAAAUAUGUUGAAGAACUACGUGCCCUUCCGGACGCAAAGAUUAGCGCAAUUCGGGCUCAUAUCAAGAAUCUUCUCGGCAAAUAUUCGACAACAAACAUCCUUCUGGAGAGCGACCUCCAUACGCGCAUGCUUCAAACCAAACUAACGCCAAACUUGGGAUCAUUUGUCAGUGUGAUUGAAUCGGAACUGCAAUUGGCGCUGGAUCUCGAGGUCCCCAAGGACCUUGAUGAGUUCAAAGUGGUCUCCGUUUACGAUAUUGUUCUUCGAAUUGUUGCUCGAAUCUCUGCUAGGGUCUUCAUUGGAGAGCCAGCCUGCCGAAAUGAAGAGUGGCUCAGUACCUCCAUCCACUAUACCGAGAAUGUUUUCACAACUGUCAUGAUCCUCCGAAGGCUACCCAAGUUUACUCACACCUUUGUUGCUCCGUUCCUGCCCAGUUACUGGAGACUCCAUGCCAAUUUGAACACUGCGAAGAAGUUUAUCGGGCCCAUUGUAUUGCAGAGACGAAAGGAACAAGCCAGCCGCAAGGAUGAUCCAAGCUAUGAGAAGCCGAACGAUAUGCUUCAAUGGAUGAUGGACGCUGCUAACGAGAACGACGGCCAACCUCACAAGCUUGCUCAUCGUCAGCUUCUGCUCAGUCUGGCAUCCAUUCAUACCACCACCAUGUCCACAGCUCACUCGCUCUACGACCUUUGUGCCCACCCUGAAUAUUUUGACGAGCUCCUUCAAGAGGCCUAUGACGUGGUGAAAGAAGAUGGUGGCUGGAAGAAAACGACCCUUAACAAGAUGCGCAAACUGGACAGCUUCCUCAAGGAGAGCCAGCGUGUCAACCCACCCAGUCUUCUCGCUUUCAACCGUAUUGUUCAAACACCACUCACUCUCUCGGAUGGCACCCACCUCCCCAAAGGAACGCAUUUCAGUGUCCCAGCAGCAGCUAUUCUCAAGGACAACGAGAACCUCCCCGACGCCGAUACUUUCGACGGACUUCGAUACUAUAAAAUCCGCCAGAACCCCGAAGAGGCAAACCGACAUCAGUUCGCCAUGACAGAUACGAGCAACCUGCAUUUUGGCCAUGGAAAGUACUCCUGUCCCGGCCGCUUCUUUGCCUCAAACGAGAUCAAGAUCAUUCUGGCCCAUCUGCUCAUGGAUUACGAAUUCAAGUACCUUCCCGGGUGCUCCCGCCCAAAGAACCUGACGGCAGAUGAGAACUUGUACCCAGAUCCAUCAGCUCGCCUGUUGAUGAGGAAGAGAGCUAAUCAUACUGCCCCUGCCGCCCCUAAAUCCACAGCUUGA